CAACAUCCAACAUCCAACAUCCAACAUCCAACAUCCAACAUACUGGAACGUACAAUGUCCUCCAACGAUCACUCUACUGCGGCUUCGGACGCAUAUGAAUCCUACUUGAUCGCCCAAUUUACCCCCGUGCGGCUGCUAUCGUUGCAUUAAUGGCUGAUGCUAGCGGCUACCGAGACCGCGGACUGGGAGACCACCAACGUCAUUCGAAUCAUAAGCGAACGCGUGGGGAAGACAAGCACGAGCUAGAUGACGUGAAACGUGUCAAGCAAAGAUACGACGAUUAUAAGAGGGAGAGUGGAAGUAAACACGAGCAUCGAUACGAUGACCAUCGAAAUUCUAGACGGCGUGAUUCCGUAUUACGACCGAAUACCUCAUCACUGAGAGAAGAGAGAGGGGAACAUCGUACUAACUCUAUCCCUUUCAAGCGCUCACCUUCGACGUCCUCAGCACGACGCCGCCAUCAUGCACCCGAUCAUCACCGUCAUCAUAGGCGUCACCGCUCUUCGACUUCUCCCACCCGCACCCAAAGCGAGCUCCCAUUAGGCGCGAGGCCUCUGGUUCGUUCCGAUUUCAAGACCUUCAAGCCUCUGUUUGCGCAAUACCUCGAAGUACAAAAAGGGAAGGACAUUGCGGCGCUGGACGAGAGGGAGGUUAAAGGCCGCUGGAAGAGCUUUGUCGGCAAGUGGAACCGUGGGGAGCUAGCUGAGGGUUGGUAUAGUCCUGAGACGCUUUCCGAAGCGAAGAAGGCUGGUGCUGGCGCUGGUACACAAUUUGUGGGGGAAGAUAGGAUAGUCUCCGUGACGUCGCCGUCGUCGCGGCCGAGCGGACAGAGUCGCGAGAGGCUUGGUGGGGGUAGUGGCUCGAUACUCUCCGGAGGGGAGGAAAACGAAGAUGAAGACGACGAUGAGUAUGGGCCGACUUUACCUGGGUCAGCUCCUGCGAAAAGCUACACCCGCGAUCCUUCCGAUGCCACCCGCUCUACGCGACAUGGCCCAGGUAUACCCAAUCGGCAAGACUUAGACCUGCGGCGCGAGAACGCAGAAGAGGAGCGCACCCAGCAUAUCUCCGACCUCCGUCUGGCACGAAAAGCCGAUCGCACCGAGCAACGUGCGCGCCUCGAAGAACUAGUCCCGCGAGCAGAACCCGGGACGCGGGAGCGGCAGCUGGAGAAGAAACGCGAGGUCAACGAGAAGAUGCGCGGGUUCCGGGACAAGUCGCCCGGGGGCGGCGCGGAGGUCGGCGAAGCAGAGCUCAUGGGUGGCGGGGACUCGGUCGCCGAGUACAAGCGCCUGAAGGCGGUGGCCGAGAGGCGGAAGACGGAGCGGGAGGUCCGGAGAGAGGAAGAGGCUAGGAUUAAGGCUGCGGAGAGGGAGGAUAGGGUUAGGGAGUAUAGGCGCAAGGAGGACGAUACGAUGGAGGUGUUGAAGAGGAUUGCGAGGGAGAGGUUUGGGUCGGGAUGAGGGGUCUAGUUUAUAAUGAUGGUAUUCAGUUCAUCGUUUAGGGAGUGCUCUAAGGUGUUAAGAGUGCUUGGGAAGGAGUUGAUAUAACGUAGGCUAAGGUAUCUAAUGUUUUUACGAGCAUAGAUUAUACGUGAAAGUCACCUAGUUACCUACCUAACAUACCUAGAAUAAUAUGUUAACGUACAUUACUAUUCACUUGGGGCAGGUUAGGCUUUGAACUUUAUAGGGGGAAUAAUAGUUAGCCAGGUAGCUGGGUGCUUUUGCGCAUUGAUGCUCUACCUUACAGUAUAGGCUUGAAGAGUCAUUAUUAAUAGUAAACUACUAUUACCUGGGCCAAUUAUUGGGAAGCCUAAG